CGAGGACACGCGAUAGUGUUGUGUGCGGGCGGCCGUCGCGGCGCGCCCAGUCCGUGCGCGGCGCCCGACCCGUCGCCUCGCUCCCGCACGCCGAGUGCUCUCCCGUACCAGUGCCCAGUGCCCAGUGCCGACCUGCACAUGCCCAGCGACGGUCACGCGGACGGCGGCGGCGCGCGCGCGUGGCUGCGCCGCUGGUGGCGCGCGCUGGUGAGCGAGCUGCUGGCCACGGCGCUGCUGGUGCUGCUGGGGCUGGCGUCGCUGCUGGCGAGCGAGGCCCCGCUCACCGCGCCGGCCUUCGCCUUCGGGUUCGCCGUGCUGGUCAACGUGGAGGCGUUCGGGCCCGCGUCCGGCGCGCACAUGAACCCCGCCGUGACGCUGGCGGCGCUGCUGUCGGGCCGCCUGGCCGCGCCCGCCGCCGCCGCCUACGCGCUGGCGCAGCUGGCGGGCGCGCUGCUGGGCUGCGGCGCGCUCAAGCUGCUGUCGCCGCGGUUCACGGGCGUGGCCGGCGUCACGCUGCCGGGCUCGGUGGGCGCGCCGGCCGCGGCGCUGGUGGAGGCGGCGCUCACGGGCGCGCUGGCGCUGCUGUGCUGCGCGCUGUGGGCGGCGCACGACGCCGCGCGCCCCGACCCCGCCGCGUCCGUCAAGUUCGGACUGGCGGUCGCCGGCCUGGUGUACGCGGGCGGGCCGAUGACGGGCGCCAGCCUCAACCCGGCGCGCAGCUUCGCGCCCGCGCUGCUGCAGAACGCGUUCAAGGACCACUGGGUGUACUGGGUGGGCCCGCUGGGCGGCGCGGCGGCGGCGGCGCUGCUGCACCGCUUCGUGCUGCUGCCGCCGCGCGCGCCGGCGCCGCGCCGCGAGGAGCUGCCGCUGCACGACAAGCCCGACCACUGAGCGACUGUCGCGCGACUGUCGCACGGGCGCGCGCCGGCGGUCGUGCGGCGAGGAGCUGCCGCUGCACGACAAGCCCGACCACUGAGCGACUGUCGCACGGGCGCGCUGGCGGUCGUGCGCCGAUCUGUUGCUAAGCAUCUAAUUGUAAUAAAUCUUUAUUUUUUA